GACCUGUUCAUACCCCGCUAGGCCUCCGUAGCUGAUCGGAUCGCCGCAGAAAAGUGUGCGGGCGGACAUGGCGGAUACCGGGGGUGAGCUGCGGUGUACAAGAGAGAGCCAUGGAGAGGAGCGGCUACAGGAGGACUCCCUACCUUCCGAGACCUCCCUGGAGCAGGCUUGUACUGGAGAGAGAGCUCCAUGCCCACUACCUACGGAAAGGAUUACAACACCUCUCCGACUCCUAUGAGUGCCUGGAUGCCAGCCGCCCCUGGUUAUGCUAUUGGAUUGUACAUGGCUUAAUGUUAUUGGAUGAGCCAAUCCCUGAAUCUGUGGCAUCA